CAAAUACUAUUGUUCAAUGUUAGUCACAGUAUUCACAGCUUGUUCCCCGUCUGGGCAUCAAACAGCACAGAGGUAGAGGUACACUCGAGAAACACUAAAUAUGGAAAAUGCUUACUUGGCUGAUUGAAUGAGUGGGCUUGAGUGAGAGGAAAGAGCAAGAGAGCGCGAGAACAUGCGACCUAUCGAAAGAGCUGAAUCAAGAGAGGCGUUUCGGCACCAUUCUCCGGGAGAGUAGACGCGACAUUUGCCGCAAGUAAUGUUAGAAAGGAGUGGAGUAAAUGAGAACGAAAACUCUUAUUUCGUGUGGAUUAUUUCUGGAAAAACAAAGCCCUACCAAAACGGAAACUAGUACAACAUUCGAAACAUCAUACAAAGAUUGGAAUAAUACGGUCGCUGUCUACAGGACUAAACCCACGAUGUACCGCGCCUGCUCUGCAGCCCCACCAACAUCCAGUCUGUAGAGGAAGCGGCCGCACCAGCAUGUCCUCCCACCCCCAGUCCGUGCCUCAGGGCCGGAGGGCUGUGGACAUCCGCCACCUGCCAAACCCUGCCAGUCUACCGCUGCAGCUGGCACGGGCACACACGGAUGUGGGACUGGUGGACUACCACCCUCACUCUCGGGACUACAGCUCACACCUGGCUCAGCCCCACCGCCGCCGGCCCUCACUGCUGUCCGAGUUCCAGCCAGGGAAUGAGAGAGGUCAGGAGCAACACAUCCGCUAUGAGCACAUCUACUUACCUGAGCCCAACAACCAAUCAGAGGUGGAGUAUGUUGAGAUAAAGCGUCCCCGCCUGGACCUUGGGGCGGAGUCUCUCAUGAGGCUUUCAGCCCACCGCCCACAACUUCCUCUGGGAGGGGCUGAGGACAUGUCAAAGGACCGGGGAGGCUCCAUGGGGAAGCUGGAGCCCAUCUCCCCCGUCAGCCCGGGCCAGAUGGACCACGAUCUGGACCUGGUGCCAGCCCGCUUCUCCAAGGAGGAGCUCAUCCAGAACAUGGACCGUGUUGACCGGGAGAUCACCAUGGUGGAGCAGCAGAUUUGCAAGCUACGCAAGAAACAGGUACAGCAACAGCUGGAGGAGGAGGCAGCGAAGCCCCAGGAGCCGGAGCGGUCUAUGAUCUCCCCCCCGCCCAGCGAGGCCAAGCACCGCAGCCUGGUGCAGAUCAUCUAUGACGAGAACAGGAAAAAGGCAGAGGAAGCGCACAGGAUUCUGGAAGGACUGGGACCCCGAGUAGAACUGCCUCUGUACAACCAGCCAUCUGACACCAAGCAGUACCAUGACAACAUCAAAAUAAACCAGGCGAUGAGGAAGAAACUCAUUCUUUACUUCAAGAGGAGAAAUCAUGCUCGUAAGCAGUGGGAACAGAAGUUCUGCCAGCGCUAUGACCAUCUGAUGGAGGCCUGGGAGAAGAAGGUGGAGCGCAUUGAAAACAACCCCCGGCGCCGGGCUAAGGAGAGCAAGGUGCGAGAGUACUACGAGAAACAGUUCCCUGAGAUCCGCAAGCAGAGAGAGCUGCAGGAGCGCAUGCAGAGCAGCCGGGUGGGGCAGCGUGGAGGAGGACUGGCCUCAUCUGCAGCCCGCAGUGAACACGAGGUCUCUGAGAUCGUUGACGGCAUAUCAGAGCAAGAGAACACCGAGAAGCAAAUGCGCCAGCUUGCGGUCAUCCCUCCCAUGUUGUUUGACGCCGAGCAGCAGCGCAUCAAGUUCAUCAACAUGAACGGCCUGAUGGACGACCCCAUGAAGGUGUACAAGGACCGGCAGGUCAUGAACAUGUGGAGCGAACAGGAGAAGGACACCUUCCGCGAGAAGUUCAUCCAGCACCCAAAAAACUUUGGCCUGAUUGCUUCUUUCCUGGAGAGAAAGACGGUGGCAGAAUGUGUCCUCUUCUACUACCUGACCAAAAAGAACGAGAACUACAAGAACAUUGUGCGCAGGAACUACCGGCGCCGUGGCAGGAGCCAGCAUGGCCAACAGCAGCAGCAGCAACAGCAGCAGCAGCAACAAACACAACAACAGCAACAACAACAACAGCAGCAACAACAGCAACAACAACAACAAGUGAACCGCAGCAGCCAGGAGGACAAGGAGGAGAAGGAGAAAGAGAAGGAGGGAGAGAGGGAGGAGGAGAAGACUGAGGGGGAAGAAAAGGAGGAUGUAAUGAAGGACGACACCUCUGGUGAGGACGGGGAAGACAAAGAGCCCACGGUGGCCUUAAAGGGUCGACGCACGGCUAACAGCCAGGGCCGGCGCAAGGGCCGCAUCACCCGCUCCAUGACCAGCGAGGUGGAGGAGACCGCCACGCCGCCGCUCAGCGGUGAACUCGCCAAUCUGGAGAUGAAUGAGAGCUCUCGCUGGACUGAGGAGGAGAUGGAAACCGCCAAAAAAGGUCUUCUCCAGUAUGGUAGGAAUUGGUCGGCCAUCGCCAAGAUGGUGGGCUCCAAAACUGUGUCCCAGUGCAAGAAUUUCUACUUCAACUAUAAGAAGAGGCAGAAACUCGACGAGAUUCUGCAACAGCAUAAAAUGAAAUCGGAGAGAGAGCGUAAGGCGCGGCGUAAAGGCAAAGCUCUACAAAGUGAAGAGGCCAGCGCCCCGUCUGCUGCCGAGGAGGAGGAGAUGGAGGGCUCCGGGGCCAGCGGCAACGAGGAGGAGGCCCCCGAGGAUGGAGAAGGUGGUGCUAACAACAGCUCUGACACAGAGAGCCUGCCCUCUCCGCGUUCCUCUGAGGACAGCAAGGCCAAAGAGGAGGGUAAUGGCAGGGCCAAAGCUGGCUCAAACUCUGGGGACAAGGAGGCCUCAGGUUCCCACAUGGGCCAGGGAGGAGAUGAGAAACCCCCAGGAGAAGUGGGAAAGGCCAUCAAGCAGGAGGUGAAGACAGAGGCAGAGGAGGGCAGCAAGGAGCAGCCAAGCGAAUCCACAGAACGAGACAUGAAGCCCCCCACUGCAGAUGCAGAGGAGAGCAAGAGCUCAUCCAAGAGCUCCAAGAGGGACCAUGGGCCCAAGACGGGCUCCCACGCAGACAGUGACUCUAGUGCCACCUGCAGCGCUGACGAGUUGGAGGAGUUGGACAGUACAGAGAAGAACAGGAUGACGUCUUCCAGCCGUCCCAGCCUGCUGAACUAUGCCCAUGAUGGGGUCAUCUCCUCCCCCCUGCAGAAGCCCAUGGACCUGAAGCAGCUCAAACAGAGGGCUGCUGCCAUCCCCCCUAUUAUGCCCCAGAUGCCGGAUGGUGGACCUCGGUGCGGGUGUAGUAAGGCUGAGCUGCCCCCUCAUGCCCUGGCUCUCUACCAGCAGCAGAUCAGCAUGGCUCAUGGAGAGUCCUCCCAGGAGGCCAAGCAGCAUGCCGGUCAGCCCAGCAAACAGCACGCUUACCCAUCGCAGGGAGACCCCCAUAACAUCAGCAGCCCCCGCGUCCACCCACGUAGCCCCUCCGCCAGCGACAAAGACGAGCUGGAAGGCAACGAGAGGUGGCUGCAGACUCUACUUCACGGAUUACAUAAGUCCCGGGCCUUCUCUCCUCAUGGUGACCCUAAGAAGCAGGCGGUGGGGCCAGAGGACCUGAGGGCCACUACACUGGGCCGGCCCGUCAUGUCCCCCUACCCAAUGUCCCAUCGAGACAUGGCCAAGCUCAGCCACGACCAGCACCUACUCCACUACAACUCCUCUGUCCAGCAGGCUGGCCACUCUGGGCCCCCUGGUCUGCAGCAGGAUGGUGCCAGAAUGGCAGCGGUGCUCCCCCUCCAUAUGCCAGAGCCACCCCCUCUCAUCUCCUCCAACAAGCCAGGGGGGUCUAUCACACAGGGCACCCCAGUGCAGCUGCAUAGCCCGGCUCACGGGAUGGACCAUGGGAAGAUGCCCCCUGCACAGAUGGGUUUGUCCUGGAUGGAUCAGAGGAAAGUGGGUGAGUCCAAGUGUCUGGAGUGGGUGCAGCACUCCCAGCCUUGGUUUGCUGGUCCAUACCCGGUGGUGAAGCAGGAGCAGCUGUCUCCGCGGUGCCCGUCAUCCCUGGCAGAGAACCUGUCCACGCAGGGGAUGCCCCAUGACGCCAACGCUGGACGUGGGUCUUUGCCAGCAGUGCAGGGGGGCAGCAUCACAAAGGGCAUCCCAGGUACCAGAGUGCACCAGGACUCCCCCAUCUCCUACCGGGGAGGCUCCAUCACCCAGGGCACCCCGGCAGACAUGCUGUACAAGGGGACCAUAACCCGUCUGAUCACAGAGGACAGCCCCAGCAGAGCAGAGAGGGAGCGGGAUGAGCUCCUGUCCAAAGGGCACGUGGUCUACGAGGGCAUCAGUGGACACAUCCUCACCUAUGACCGCCCACCCUCUCAGAACCCUAAAGAUGACGGCCGGGGCCAGCCUGGGGAGAUCUUGGGGCUGAAGCGCCCCUAUGAUGUCAGGGGGUUUCCCAUGAGGGAGACACUGUCUUCAGCUAACUGUGAGGGUCUGAUAGGCAGAGCCAUAUCACACGAGAGAGACAACCCACACCCAACCCACCACAUCCGUGGUUCCAUUUCACAGGGUAUCCCCCGUCACCUGGACAUCCAGGAUGGCUACAUGAGGCGGGAGGCCAAGCAGAUGAAGAGAGAGGGCUCCCCAUCCCGAGGAACUGGCCAGGUGGCUGAACCCAUGAAGGGUCGAGAGUCCAUUGUGCCCACAGUGAAGGAGGGGGGGCGAUCCAUCCACCUCAUCCCCAGAGAGGAGCUCCGACUGAUGCCCGAAGGCAUGAUGAUGCCCAAGGCUGGCAAAGAGGGCAUCAUAGCACAGGGCACUCCUAUGAAGCAGGAGCAGGGUAGCUCAAGGAAGGGGCACGACGUUCGUUCCAUAAUCGCCAGCUCCCCACGCUCCCACUACGGCAUGCCCUCCCACCUGGAGAUGCGGGGACCCGAGCAGCGGGGCCGCUACGAGGAGGGUCCUAAGGGCCGUUCCAGCACUGUGGUCAACACGGCCAGCUCCAUGGCUCGAUCCUCGCCCCUGGCAAUGGGGGGUGAGCAGGGUGGCAAGGCUCACCACAGCCCUGUGGGCUACGAGGAACACAAGGGCAGCAUAAGGGCUCCCUACCCUGGACCUUCUCACCGAGGAUCCCCCCUGUCAGGCCAGCGGCAGCAUGAAGGCUCCAAUAAGAACCAGCCUCAGGAGCGCAAGGCCACACCCACCCCUCGGGAGAUGAGCUCCGGCAAGUCACCCCUGCCGGGCGUUGCCGAGCAGCAGGCCCAACAACAACAGGCGUCCCUGGUGUCGUACGAGCGUCUGCUGCAGGGUCUGGGGGCCGACGUGUACCGAGGACAGAUCCCCCUAUCCUUCGAUCCUGCCUCCCUGCGUCAGGGCAUCCCCAUCGACCCAGCCUACUACCUGCCUCGCCACCUGGCCCCUAACCCUGGCUACCCUCACCCCUACCCCUACCUGAUCCGGGGCUUCCCCGACACGGCAGCCCUGGAGAACCGCCAGACGCUGCUCAACGACUACAUCACCUCCCAGCAGAUGCACCAGUGGCCUGCAGCCGCCGCUAUGGCUGCCCAGCGCUCAGACCUGCUGAGGGGGCUCUCGCCACGGGACCAGCCUCUCCAAAUGCCCUACUCUGCUGCCCCACGCGGGAUCAUCGAUCUGUCUCAGGUGCCACACUUACCUGUCCUAGUCCCUCCCUCUGCAGGGUCUUCCGGCUCCCCCAUGGACCGCAUCACUUACAUCCCCGGGGGCCAGGGAGGUUUCCCCAGCCGGCCUUACAACACCUCCCCCAUCUCACCAGUUGGGCCCCAACACAUGAGCAAGCAGCACGGCACACCAUCUGCUGACCGCGAGAGAGAGAGGGACCGCGAGAGAGAGAGGGACCGCGAGAGAGAGAGGGACCGCGAGAGAGAGAGAGACCGCGAGAGAGACAGGGAGCAGGAGAGAGAGCGGGAUCGUGAGAGACAGCGAGACAGAGAGCGGGAGAGAGAGCGGGACCGGGACAGAGAGAAGGGGUUCUCUCAUGGCAACGUGGAACAUGCCCCCAUCUGGAGACCAGGCACAGAGCACAGCUCCGGUGGUAGCAGCAGUGUCAGGCCCUCCUCCCACUCCGGCUACAGCCACCAGCACUCCCCGGUGUCCCCUCGUACCCAGGACAGUGUCCAGCAGAGGCCCAGCGUCCUGCACAACACUGGGGGCAAGAGUCUGCCUGUCAGUGACCACAACAACCCUUCUGUGCUAAGGUCCAUGCCAGGCUCCAAUCGCUACCCAGGCUACAGCCACCUCCAGAGGACCGGGAUGCCUACUGAUGGCUACCCACCAAGCAUGGACCCCAAGGAAAUGGGCCGGGAUGGUGGCAAGAGCAGGGGAGGCCUUCCUAAACACUCCCAAGACCUACAUGGGCCCUCUAUAUCCUCCAGCAAAUCUGACCCCAAGCUGGCCAGCCCUAACCAAGGGGGUUACCCCGUGCCUUACCCCCAGGGCUCUGCAGCCUCUCACCACUCAGGCCGGCCCCCACCUCACCUGCUGCCCCCCCAGUCGGAUAGCCAUGUUGGCCGCGGAGAAAGUGGCACGCCUAGUAGGGAAAAGACUCAAAACAAACCGAUGUCCGUUCAGGAACAAGAGCUCCGAUCACUCGGUAAGACCACCAUGACUGCGGCCAACUUCAUAAACGCGAUUAUCAUGCGUCAAAUUUCUUGUGAAACGGGGAUGCCAGAGACGGGCUCGUUCGUGGCCAACAGCGCCAGUGAUGCUCAACAGAAGAUGAUGCCCAUGGAGCAGCACGGUCCGUACCGUCCUCCCUCCGAGGAGAGGCUGUCCCCAGGCCAGCAAUCCCCCCUGACGAAAGGCAGCCAGAGGGUGGUCACCCUGGCGCAGCACAUCAGCGAGGUGAUCACCAAGGACUAUACCCGGCAGAGCCAACAGGCCCAGCAGCAGUCCUACCACAGCAACCCAGUCCUGGACCUGACCCGGCCCCUUAGCGCUCCCCAUGCCCUGCCUGCCUCCCAGGAGUCUAGCCAGGGACCUCGCUACACUCCAGAGGGGACAGGAGGGGAACGUACCCGAGAUGGGUCUCCUCAGCCCAAGGCAUCACCUGUCAGUAUGUCUGCAGACGGCAUUGAGCCAGUGUCCCCUGCAGGAGCCAUGUCUGAACCAGAGACACAAGGGGCCUCCUACCCCAACGAGCAGGGAGAGCAGGGCAUGGGUUCUCGCUCCCCUCCCAACACCCAGCCCCCAGCCUUCUUCAGCAAGCUCACUGAGAGCACCUCGGCCAUUGUCAAGUCCAAGAAACAGGAGAUGAUCAAGAAGAUGACCGUGGUCGGCAGUGACGCUGAUUUCAAUGCUGGCCAGCCAGGAACAGAGAUUUUCAACAUGCCUGCCUCUACCACUGCAGGACCUGUAAGUAUCCGCAGCCACCCGGCUCCUGAGGCAUCCGGUAACACCAUAGGCCUGGAAGCCAUUAUCAGAAAGGCCCUGAUGGGCAAGUACGAUGACCAGGCCGAGGAGCGCCCUCCCUCCUCCAAUGCUAUUAACGCCAUGGCUGCCAGUGUGCAUGACGCUAAUCCUCUCGCUGACGGACGGACCGAGGACUCUUACUCACUACAAGGUGGGGGGAAGCCAAAGGGUAGCGGGCGCUCUAACGGGCGGAAGGCCAAAUCCCCCGGGCCGGGCCUGUCAGGGGGGGAGAGACCCUCCUCUGUCCACUCUGAGGGGGAUACCAACCUCCGCACACCCCUCAUCAACCGUGUCUGGGAGGACCGGCCCUCCUCCACAGGCCCCACUCCCUUCCCAUGUAACCCCCUGACCAUGCGUUUCCCCGGUGGCAUGCCGGUGUCAGCGCCCUCCCCCUCCUCUGGCCAGCUAGGGGCCCAGGGUCUGGGGCAGGGGCGGUCCUGGGAGGAGGAACCAAAGCCCCUGCUGUGUUCUCAGUACGAGACCCUGUCUGACAGCGAGUGAGAGACGCUGCCAUGGAACAGAACAGCACCCGCCAACUAUCAACCACCUCCACUGCUGCUGCAGACACACACACACACUCUCCACCCCACUCUACACUCUCCACCCCACUCUACACUCUCCACCCAGGAAAGGAGUGACCUCUUAGCCUCCCAUCUCACACUGCAGACUGAGCAUCUCAAGCGUUGAUGGUGGUGUGCUGAAACACUGCUGCUCAGUGAGUGUGUGUGUUGGUGUUUCUGUGUAUACACUCACUCCAGGACUACUCUAAAGGAAAAUCACUUGUUUUUUUACUUGCUUUCCCUCCCUCUUGCUGGCCUUAUCAAUACGGACACAUCAAUUCACUCACUUUUUUUGUACGUUUCUAGUGUCUUUUACGGAUUGUGGAUGGGACUUGAUACGGCCACAUAGUCUGAUGCUCAUGUGUUUUAAUCUGACCUGUUGAUGGAUUCACUGGCCCUGGACAAGGUUGGAUGUGUCCUCUGUUGUACAGGAAUCCUGCUCUACUCUCUGGGCGCUGUGAGCAGGGCUUCAAGAGAAGCCUGCUGCCUCCAUUGACCAUCUCGAUCUCUCAUUCUUUCUGCCAAUGAUCCCAUGGACACGGAGUUAACCACACAGAGCUCUGCAUGGAGAGGUCUGCUAGGGAAGUGGACUCCUUCACUGACCCAUGUCACUGUGCAGAGGGACAGGCAGGUAGCCAGGCAAAUGGCAUCCAUAGUGUAGUAGAGUACAGUACAUUACAGUGGACACUGUGCAGACGGCCGGUGCAUUUCUACCACUAUCAGAUGAUGGACAGGAGGGAAAAAACACAUUGUUUUUGUGUGUUUGUUAUUUAGUUUUCUCCUUUUUAAAUCAAGUCAGUCCAGUCUUGUGUUUGAAAGUGAGCUGAGACCGUUAGUAAUUUUGAUGGUGAAUUUUGAUGGUGUCAGUUAUUGUUUCUUAUUUGCAACGAUUUAUCUUGGGGGGGUACGUGGGAGGGUUAUAUCAUUGGUUAACAGGGUAUACAUGCUGUCCAUUGCUGAUGAUGUCAUCAUACAUUUUAAAUGUUAUUGGAGAACGGUGGCGGCGUAUGUUCUCCAGGCAUCCAAUAGAGAGUGGACUGUGAGUGUGAUGGAUGGCACUAAGAGACAAGUGACACUUUCUCACUCUUUGUAUAUGAAUCAUGUCUAUGUGUUUGUUGAGACUGUUUUUGGAUGUUAAGCACUUAGUUGUCAAUCUGUUCACAAUGGCAUUUUUAAGAAUGUGUGUUUCGGGCAGGCGAGAAUGGACUCAAGAAGAGUGUAGAAUCCUACUAAUAGAAGCGUCCUCCUUUAACAUCUGUUUCUUUUGGUCUUGCCACAUACAUGAUUUAGUGUUCCCGCACUCAAGCGACAAUCACAGCUAGUGAAAUAUUACCUAGUCCGCUUAGUGCGGCUAGAGACCAACCUUAAAGCUGCUUUAGGGCAAAUUUCCCGGCAUUAGAGUUGGAAUGUGCUUGCAUUAAAGAGGUGACAAAUAAAAGCCAUCUAUGUUUCUAUGCCCCUUGGACCAUGGUGGUGCCGGCUGUGGCUGUAGUGUGAGCCCCGGCUGGCCAGCUGGAAGUCCGUCUCUAGGAUGCCUAUUGUCUCUAGGAUGGAAUGCCUAUUGUCUCUAGGAUGGAAUGCCUAUUGUCUCUAGGAUGGAAUGCCUAUUGUCUCUAGGAUGGAAUGCCUAUUGUCUCUAGGAUGGAAUGCCUAUUGUCUCUAGGAUGGAAUGCCUAUUGUCUCUAGGAUGGAAUGCCUAUUGUCUCUAGGAUGGAACUCCUAUUGUCUCUAGGAUGGAACUCCUAUUGUCUCUAGGAUGGAAUGCCUAUUGUCUCUAGGAUGGAACUCCUAUUGUCUCUAGGAUGGAAUGCCUAUUGUCUCAAGGAUGGAAUGCCUAUUGUCUCUAGGAUGGAAUGCCUAUUGUCUCUAGGAUGGAAUGCCUAUUGUCUCUAGGAUGGAAUGCCUAUUGUCUCUAGGAUGGAAUGCCUAUUGUCUCUAGGAUGGAAUGCCUAUUGUCUCUAGGAUGGAACUCCUAUUGUCUCUAGGAUGGAAUGCCUAUUGUCUCUAGGAUGGAAUGCCUAUUGUCUCUAGGAUGGAACUCCUAUUGUCUCUAGGAUGGAAUGCCUAUUGUCUCUAGGAUGGAAUGCCUAUUGUCUCUAGGAUGGAAUGCCUAUUGUCUCUAGGAUGGAAUGCCUAUUGUCUCUAGGAUGGAACUCCUAUUGUCUCUAGGAUGGAAUGCCUAUUGUCUCUAGGAUGGAACUCCUAUUGUCUCUAGGAUGGAACGCCUAUUGUCUCUAGGAUGGAACGCCUAUUGUCUCUAGGAUGGAAUGCCUAUUGUCUCUAGGAUGGAAUGCCUAUUGUCUCUAGGAGCUGCCUGUUGUGACGUCUGACCUCUGAACUUUUACUGUCUAGAGGAAGCGGAGCUCUGCCUCACCAGGCCAGACGCACAUUUUUAUCUAGACCGAUUUUGUACAGUUCUAAGAUUCAUAGUGUUAAGUGCCAUUCAUUUUACAUAUACAGUAGUAGUUACCAAGUGACACGCACAUUUUUUGAAAUGUUUUUUUUCUACAUGCCAGGGUUAUAAGUGUUUAUGCAGGGAAAUUUUGAAACCAAGAGCAGAUGAAAUGUCCUUCUUUUGAUGUCUUUUUUUUUGUCCAAAUCUGUCACAGCCUUAGCGCUUAACUUACACAUGAUUUACAAUGGGAGCUGCUAACUUACUGUUGUGAAUGUUAAGAAAUGAAAAGCAGUGUAUUCUGUCUGAGGAUUGUAGAACUUGCUGCUGUCACAUCAGGUUACCAUGACAAUGGGCAACGACAUGGUCAAAGUUGAAUGUCCUCUUGCUCUUUGCAGGCUAAGCAAUGGCCAUAUAAAAGGUGAAUGCCAAGAAGAAAGAUGUAAAAAGGGUGCUGUUUGAAAGGCAAUCAUAUAAACAUUGCCCAAUUUGUUUUUUCAGGCAACAUACCCUCAGUCCUUAGUGAAAGGUAUUAUAUUCUGGCAUGGUCCUGAUUCAAAGGAGGUUUAAACAGUCCAAAAGUUACUGUUACAUUUGUGUGAUUAAGUUUUUGUCCAUUUUAAUGUUGUUGUCCCUGGCUUGUAUUGAGUGUGAUGGUGUCCAUGGCUUGUAUUGACUGUUGAAGCCAGAGAAGCACAGCUGUUCUCAGUGUGACUUGUUUAGAGGGACUGCACUGCAGUGUGUUAUCCUGUCCACUAGUUAAGAGGGAGUUGAGUUAGUCAUGAUGGAGACGUGUUAGUAAUGAACGUGGAACAGUUGGACAGCUUUCACUCUCCUUCCUCUUCACUGGAUUACAUCAAGUUUCUACUCUGGCUACCUAUUAUACUGCUCAUGGUUUAGAUCUAAUCAGUCAAGGUGCAGCUAAAUGAAAAGUUUGUAACUGGACCCAACCAACUACAAGGUAACCCCAGCUUUGUAUUAUAAGAUAGUUUGUGUCUUCACUUGUAUAUCAAUUGACUAUUCAUGAAGUCAUCGGGAGGAAGCAAAGUGACAGUAAAGUUUGACGUGACAACAAGACAAAACCAUAUCCAGAUGUGUUGGCUAAAUAAAUAGCAGAGGAAACGAGAAUAAUCAGUUGUUUUAAAUGUACUGAUGUGUAUUUGAAUGAUUUCUGCUUUUCACUCGUUUCUGUUUGUUCUUACACCGCUUGCUUUGAUUAUGGUCAUGACACUCUCCAUGCUAAUAGUUAGCAUUUCAUUUGUGAUGAAAGGAAUUAUUCAAAACGAACGUAAAACAAAUUAAUCGAGGGGCCGAUACGAUCCCUAUAUUGUCCACAGGUGGUGGGGGGGUAGCAUUGACAUUGAACAAUCGUAUUGUGCGUAAUGAUUUGUUUUUUUAAAUAAUUAUAACCCACUGUAUAAUUGUAUAUAGAACUGAAGAGAUGUAAAUAUUUCUGUGGCUUGCUGCAAGGUUGGUAUUUACAGAACAACUAUUCACACUGUUUAAUUCUACAUGCCCACCAGCAAGCUUUGUGGAUAGCAGUGUAACAAAAACACUGCCUUAAUGUUUAAAUAAAAAUCUUAUUGCCAUUGAAA